AUGCUAGUAUAUGUGGAUGACUUGCUGAUCACAGGCAACAAUCUACACAUUAUCAGACAAGUCAGAAAAGAAUUACAAGAAAGAUUCAAGAUGAAUGACUUGGGAGAAUUGAAGUACUUUCUUGGAAUUGAAUUCUCAAGGUCUAAAAAGGGUAUCUUGAUGUGUCAAAGAAAGUAUGCAUUGGAACUGGUUUCUGAACUUGGCCUAGCAGGUGGAAAACCAGUCUGUACACCUCUUGAGUUCAAUCACAAACUCACCUCUAUUGAGUUUGAUCAGGAAGUAAGAAAUGAUGCACCCGAAGAUAUAUUGCUUGAAGAUAAAGGAAUUUAUCAGAGAUUGAUAGGUUUACUGUACCUAACUAUGACAAGGCCAGACAUAGUCUUUGUAGUACAAUUGCUCAGUCAAUAUAUGCAUGCACCUAAAGUUUCUCACAUGGAGGCUGCAAAGAGAGUGGUAAGGUACAUUAAGUCUACACCAGGACUUAGACUCUUUAUGCCUGUUGGUAGCUGCAAUCAUCUUGUAGCCUAUUGUGAUUCUGAUUGGGGAGCAUGUGUGGAGUCUAGAAGAUCAGUUUCUAGAUUUGUGGUAAAGUUUGGUGGUGCACUAAUCUCCUGGAAAUAA